AUGACAAACACAAACCAACGCCCAAAGCGCCCGUUGAGGGUUGCAGCUGCACAGCUAGGGCCCAUCCACCUCGCAGACUCAAGAGAGUCGGUCCUACAGCGCAUGUUCCGCCUCCUCGAUCAGGCAUCAGCAAGCCGUGUUCAAGUCGUCGCCUUCCCCGAGUUGGCAUUCACUACUUUCUUCCCUCGCCAUCUUAUGGAUCAUACCGAGCUUGAAGCAUACUUUGACCUCGAUGAUCCCCAAAACGGAGGCCUGCGUCAAUCACCAGGCAUCAAGCCGCUGUUCGACCAUGCUCGGGACCUAGGCAUUGACGUUUAUGUGGGAUAUGCCGAAAAGGCUCCGACGGGAGACGGUUUUGGCUACUACAAUUCGAGCGUCUACUAUUCUGCUCGCAGCGACCGGAUUGUUCAAAAGUAUCGCAAAGUCCAUCUCCCUGGUGUAGUGGAGCCGUUCAAACAACCUGGCGCAACGCAGCAGCUGGAGAAGCGCUAUUUUUCAAACGGGGACCUGGGCUUUCCUGCAUUCCGAGCGCCAGGCUUGCUGCCAAAUGCCGCCAAAACGGCAGCCGGUCCCGGUGAAGCUAUCCCGCUCGAGGGCUCGGGGGAUGCCAUCUUUGGUAUGCUCAUCUGCAACGACAGGCGCUGGGCCGAGGGCUGGAGAUCAUAUGGUUUACAGGGGGCCGAGCUUGUAUUCUGUGGUUACAAUACGACGGCAUAUGCGCCGCAAUUACUGGGCACUAGCGAGGACAUUGAUCGGAAAACAGCCGAGGAGGAGGUGCUUUUUCAUCACAAGCUUUCCUGCCAGGGCAACAGUUACAUGAAUGCGUGUUUCAGUGUCAAUGUUGCAAAGUGCGGCCUAGAAGAUGGGCACUCUCUUAUCUCGGGCACCAUUAUCGUCCACCCGAACGGGCAUAUUCUUGCCGAGGCAAGCACCAAGGAGGAUGAGUUGGUGAUUGCGAACAUUGAUCUAGGCGACUGCCGACGAGGAAAGGAGAAGACAUUUGCCUUUGCAAAGCACAGAAGGCCAGAUCAGUACCGAAUGAUAACAGACUAUACUGGUGUUGUGGAACCAAAAAUGCUUGCGGCGGACGGGAUUUAG